AUGACCGUAAAGAGCAAACUGCACCGGAGAGGGAAAUUUAAAAAUACGUUUUUUUUUCCUUCGGGAGAACAAGUGCCCCAACCAACAGUAGACAUUUCCUUCAUCUCAUUACCCAAGAUUAUCCGCACCCCUGAGCAACUUCGGCACAAACAGAAGAUGAUUGAAAGUGGAAUUACAACCAGGAUGUCAGGAAUUCAUGAAAACCCUGGACAAAAUCACCACACCUCCGCACAAGACUACAGACUCCUGUCUACAGACACAUCACAGCUGAAGGACGAGUUGCCUGGUGAUCUUCAGUCCCUGUCCUGGCUCACCUCUGUAGACGUACCCCGGCUUCAGCAGAUCCGGGGCGGGCAAUCUGACUUCAGCAGCUCUGCUCAGAACAGCCUGCUAGAGCACCAGACAGCUCAACUGAACAGCAUGACAGUAGCAGGAUCUGCCAUUCAUCUACAAAGUGAACUGCAGCAUAGCCCUUUGGCCAUCAACAGCAUGCCCCAGUUUUCCCCUGGGUUUCCAUGUGCUGCAUCAGUGUACCAGACCGUGCCUCAACAAGUGCUCACUUUCACUCAGGCAAACCAACAGUGUUCUCCCGAUGGACUUUAUGGCAACUACAACAGCCAGGGUCUGUUCCCCCAGCCUCGCAUUACUGCUCAUAACCAAGACCUGCAGCCCAAGACUUUUCCUAAACCCAUCUACUCAUACAGCUGUCUGAUUGCCAUGGCUUUGAAGAACAGCAAGACAGGCAGCCUUCCUGUUAGUGAGAUUUACAGCUUUAUGAAAGAGCACUUUCCUUAUUUCAAGACAGCACCUGAUGGAUGGAAGAACUCUGUACGUCACAACCUGUCCCUGAAUAAGUGCUUUGAGAAGGUGGAGAACAAGAUGAGUGGUUCCUCCAGAAAGGGUUGCCUUUGGGCACUCAACCCUGCAAAGAUUGACAGAAUGGAGGAGGAGAUGCAAAAAUGGAAACGCAAAGAUCUUCCCGCCAUCCGCCGCAGCAUGGCUAAUCCAGAUGAAUUAGACAAACUCAUUACAGACAGACCAGAGAGCUGCAGACAGAAGUCUGUUGAUACUGGCAUGACUCGUUUGCCCAGCUGUCCCCCAGGCCAAACUCUCACAGUGCCAGCUCAGCUGCAGCCCCAUCCAGUGGUCACUUUGUCUCUGCAGUGCCUCCCCAUGCACCAGCACCUUCAAUUGCAGCUUCAGAAUCUGUCUCGCUUGGCUCCUGCCUCCCCAGCCCCUGCCCAGACACCACCUCUCCACACAGUCCCUGACCUGACAAACAGCUCCCUGCCCCAGCAUCCUGCUAAGCAGCCCAGUGAUUUCUACACCGUUCACACUGAUGUGAAUUCAGAGGUGGACGUACUAGACCCAAGUAUAAUGGACUUUUCCUGGCAAGGAAAUCUUUGGGAGGAGAUGAAAGAUGACAGCUUUAACCUGGAGGCGUUAGGUACACUUAGUAACUCGCCACUUCGGCUGUCUGACUGUGACUUGGACACUGGUAAUGCCACGCCUGUGUCCAUUGCAGGAGGUCUCCCCUACCCAGACCUGCAGGUGACAGGCCUCUAUUCCUCAUAUUCAGCUGUGGAUGCCCUUUCUAACCAGUACCACAUGAACACACAAGGAGGAACAAAGCCUAUUGUUUUGCUUUAAUUCCAUCCACAAGAAAUUAAGCAAGCCAAGCUUUACUCCAGAGGACCAUCAAUAAAGA